ACUUCUUCUGCGCAUGAAUCUCUCCGCCUCAGGCAAGGCUUUGCGAACAUCUGCGGCUCUAUCUCCCUCCGUCCUCGACAUGUACCGCACAAUACUCCCCGCUUACCCGCCACGGACUGGCUCCAGCUCACCCGUGAAUAAUCAUUCGAGCGAAUCUCCGAGUUCUGAUACGAGCUCCACCGACGAUUGGCUUCAUGUUUCCGAUCCUGCGCAACGACGGCGCAUUCAGAAUCGCAAUGCUCAGAGGAAGCACCGUACGUCGGAGUGUGGGGAAAAUCUUCUGGACGCAGAGCUAACCUAUCCGGCAUGGCUGUAGGCAAG